CAAGCCACCAUUUUGUUUGUGCGAAAAGACGGGAGACAGGAGAGAAAUCGAAAGAGGGAGCGACUGUUACACCGAGCACAACGACAUCGAAAUCCGCCGCCGCUAUACGACUGGCAGUGUCAUCUCGGAGCAAAAAAUAAGAUAGUCCUAUAAGAGACAAGAACAGAAAAGUUGCUGUUUGUGAUCAAAGGAAAGGGUGCUCAUUUUUACGAAGCCUAGAAGAGAGACAGAAGAGGGCAAUAGCUACAUUAAAACGAAGGAACAUCUGAGUGAUAAAUUCCAAUAACUCUAACUAAUUGUCAGAGGAUGAAAAUACAAAAAUGACAACUACCGGAAAUGUGAAAUAACCAUUGAUUAAUGGUCUGGGAGAGGGACAAAAUAACCAAAAGGGGAAUAUUAAAACGAAUCAAGAAAAUUAAAAGGAUAAACGAAAAGAGUGUAUUCCAGAGACUCAACGAAAGGAUGAGGAAACAGAAAUACAUUUUAUGGAGUUGUAACUGUAUUUCUGGACCCGAAGCUCGCCGCUUCUAAAUCACCCAUAAUAUUGUAGCUAGCGACCCCCCUCGCUCAUCAGAUUUGAGCUAAUCGACAUCGCCGUUUUCUCUUGUGCUUCGUUUUCUCUCGCAAACUCAUUGUUAGGCUAUAUAUUUUGUUUUAUGUGGUGUCAGUGGAAAAUACAAGGGAUUUACUGAAACAUCUGCAAUCAUUCAGCUAGUUACCAUGCACCUGUCACUUAUGGGUUAGCUAUUUUUCAUUAUACUUGGUAGGCUGUAGCAAUAAGAUAGCUACUUGAUACAAGCAAUAACACUAAGACUCACAAGACGAGACGUCCUUUACAAAAAUAAAAGGCUAGAUUGAGUAUAUCCUAUAGGCUAUAUAUUUUAAUAAAAAGGUAGCAGACCGCCUUGUGCAGAAGCCAAGCGAUGCAUUCAGAAAUUAGAUAUGGUUCCAGAUUUGUGCAAGUAUUUUGAAUUUAUUUUUCAGCGAUCAACAGCACAUGCAGAGGUUGCCAAAUCCAAAUUCGAUAAUAUACGAAUCACAAAUGUUUUUUUAAAAAUGUACCAGACAGUUUAAUUUCGUUGGACCAUUAAAUAAAUCGUGUAAGUAUGCGGUUAUACGUCAGAUAUUGGCUGGAUAUCUUAUAAGCAUCAGUGACAAGUAAUGUAUUAUCUUUCUACUAGAACCAGUCAUCGACACUUGCACUAAUAUUGCACCCUGCCAUUUAUUUAUUCCACAAAACAAUAUAUCACACAUUUCCUUGUGGAAGCCCAAUGAAAUUAAUGGUGACUACACAUGUUUUCACCAACUAUCAGCUGGACUGCACCUGAUUAACAUUUUAUAUUAAAGAGCAACAACACACAGAGAGUGGUUUAUUUUGUGGUAUUUCACGAAUACAUCACCAACAGCAGCCGACGACACUGGCAGACAUGCGGCUAAUCGUAUAGUUAUAGCCUAGGCUGAACUUUCUGGUCAGUUUUGAAAUGACAAAAAUGUGAUUGGCUCAUGUUUAAAGUUUUUUCCCCCAUGGGUCUCCACUCAGACAUCCAGUGCAUUCAGACAGUUCAGAAAACAUAUCACCCCAAAAAAUUAAUGUCAUGUAAAAAGAAGUGACAUUUCUUUAAAUAAAAAACACUAGUUAACUCCAUCGAUGAGUCAUUUGAUGCGAUCAGUUUUUUUCAAGCCAGUAUUUGGUAAUGGGAUCAAACUGCAAUUAUUACAAUGGAAAGCCUGUCCAACUUGAAGUUGUGCUCCUUCUGGAGUUCGUCUUGAACGUUGUAUGAGGCGAUUUCCUAAAAGCAGUUUCGGGGGUGCAUUUCUGAGUUGCAAUUACAGCACUAGCCUCGCCCUGCGAUUCCCCCAACCUUGCUCCCAACCUUAGAUUUCACCGCCGAGGAUGGCGGAAAGGACGGAUACAGUCGUGGAGGACAUGUCUUGGGACAGUUUCUCCGUCUCCGAAGAGGCUACAUAAGUUAGUCAAAGGCCUGUACGGUUCUCUCCUCUCGCUGACUCCCCCUCCCUCCUCCUCCGCUCGCAGAAAUCUAUAAAGAACAAAAAAUCCGACAGGGGAGGGGGGUUGAUACGCCGAAGCUGAAAACGAGAGGCGAACCCAGGAAAGGAGAGUGUUUUGUGUACGAGACUUUCCCCCCCUUCGUGCCAAAAAGGAGGGGGAAAAGUCAACCAUUCAAAGGGAAGAAAAAACAGAAAAUCCCGUCAGGAUUCAAAGGGAAGAAGCCUGUCUUUCGCGGAUAUACAGCUAUAUUUUUAAUUCGUAAAAAUAUGGCCGAGAACGUUCUGGACGUUGGCCCGCCUUCAGCCAAGAGGCCUAAACUCUCCUCUCCGGCACUUUCUGUCUCCGCUAGUGAUGGAAACGAUUUCGGCUCGCUCUUCGACCUGGAGCAAGACCUCCCGGACGAGCUCAUCAGCUCCACGGACCUGGGCCUGGCCAACGGCGGGGACCUGAGCCAGCUGCACACCAGCCUGGGGGGCGCCGCCCAGGACGCCGCCGCCAAACACAAGCAGCUCUCCGAGCUCCUGCGGUCCGGGGCCCCCCAGCCCCCCGCCCAGCAGGGCGGCGCCGGCAGCCCCGGCGGGGGCCCCAUGGGGCUGCUGGCCGGCAUGAAGUCCCCGGGCAUGGGGCCGCAGCAGCAGCAGCAGCAGCACCUCUCGCCCCAGCACGCGGGCAUGAUGCAGCAGCAGCAGCAGCAGCAGCAGCAGCAGGCGGGCAUGGUGGGCGCCAUGAACAGGGGCAUGAUGGGAGCGCAGAAGGGCAACGGGCCGCAGCAGGCGCCCGCGCCCCAGCAGCAGGGCAUGAUGGUGGGCCAGGUGAUGAACGGCUCUCCCAGGAUGGGCUACUCGAACCCGGGGAUGGGCAGCAACAGCAACCUGCUUGCGGACACCCUGCAGCAGCAGCAGCAGCAGCAGCAGGGAGGAGGGGCACAGGCGCCACUGCGGGGGCAGCAGCCAGGAGCACUGAACAAGAUGGGUCUGAUGGGUAAUGCUGGUCCCUAUGGUGGCCCGUUUGCUCAGUCUGCAGGCCAGGGUCUGGGGGGUGCCGGGCUGGGCCCGCAGCUCCAGAACAAGGCCGGUCUUCCCAACAAUCUGGCCCAGUUCAGCAUGGACAAGAAGACCCAGCCCAUGCAGGGCAUGGCCAACAUGGGCUCUCCGCAGGCCUCUGCAGUGGUGCCCGGUGUGACGGGACCAGGAGGGGCGGGGGGAAUGGUGUCCAGCCCCCAGGGCGGGCUGGGCUCCGCCUCUGCAGCCUCGGCGGCAGCGGCGGCGGCAGCAGCGGCAGCAGCGCCCCCUACGGCCGACCCGGAGAAGCGCAAGCUGAUCCAGCAGCAGCUGGUGCUCCUGCUCCACGCCCACAAGUGCCAGCGGCGCGAGCAGGCCAACGGGGAGGUGCGCCAGUGCAACCUGCCCCACUGCCGCACCAUGAAGAACGUCCUCAACCACAUGACCCACUGCCAGGCCGGCAAGUCCUGCCAGGUGGCGCACUGUGCCUCUUCACGACAGAUCAUCUCUCACUGGAAGAACUGCACGCGGCACGACUGCCCCGUCUGCCUGCCACUUAAAAACGCCGGGGACAAGAGGAACCAGCAGUCUCUCCUGGGCAGCGCCAGCGUGGGCCUGAGCUCCUCCCUCGGGGCCGUCCCGGGGGGUCAGCCGAGCGCCCCCAGCCUAAACCCGCCCAGCCAGAUCGACCCCAGCUCCAUCGAGCGGGCCUACGCCGCCCUGGGCCUCACCUACCAGGGCACCCAGAUCCAGACCCAGCCGGCCCAGCCCGCGCUGCCUGGCCAGGGGCUGCAGGGCCAGCCGGGCAUGAGGCCUCUCAACGCUAUGGCAGGAGGUAACCCCAUGGGCGUCAAUGGAGGAGUCGGGGUGCAGCCCCAAAACCAGCCGUCGAGCCUUCUGCAGGAUGCCAUGCUGCACACCAGCAUGAACGUGCAAAGUCUGAUGAAUGACAGCGUUGGGGUCGGAGCCUUGGGUUCCAUGCCCACGGCCACCCCGCCCUCCAGCGCUGGCAUGAGGAAGGGCUGGCAUGAGGACAUCACCCAGGACCUGCGCAACCACCUGGUGCACAAGCUCGUGCAGGCCAUCUUCCCCACGCCCGACCCCGCGGCCCUGAAGGACCGGCGCAUGGAGAACCUGGUGGCCUACGCGCGCAAGGUGGAGGGGGACAUGUACGAGUCGGCCAACAGCAGGGCGGAGUACUACCACCUCCUGGCAGAGAAGAUCUAUAAGAUCCAGAAGGAGCUGGAGGAGAAGCGGAGGACGCGGCUGCAGAAGCAGGGAAUGAUGCCCACACAGUCCGGCCUGUCCCCCUCUGCCCUGCCACAGGGACCCACCGGCCUGGGCCAGCCCCCGCCCCCCAACGCACUGCCCUCCAACGGCCCCCUCUCGGACCCCUCACUCGUGCGGCCCUCAGUGCCCAAUCAGAUGGUGAACAGGAUGCAGAACCCUGCAGGCAUGAACCAGUUCAGCUCGCUGGGGAUGCCGUCUCUGGGCCAGCGCUCCACCCCUCCCCUCCAGCUCGGCUCGCCUCUCAACCAGAUGGGCAUGGGGCCGGCAAGGAUGGGCCAGCCCAACGUGGCUCAGCUCCAGAACCAGUACCUGCCCCCGGGCCAGUUCCCCGGGUCGGGCAUGGGCGGCAUGGCACAGCAGGGGCCGCAGGGCGCGAUGACACAGGCUCGGAUCCCCACCCCUCCCUCGCUCCCCGUCAGCAGUCCAAUCGCGCAGCCGGGGUCGGUCGGGGGCUCCAUGGGGCCCGGCAGCGUCGGCGGGGGACCCCCCUCGAACCUGGGCCCCCCCUCCAACUCCUCACAGCCCAGCUCUCACCCGCACUGCCCGCCCGUCCGCCAGAACUCCCCCUCCCCCGCCCGCAGUCGCACCCCCACCCCCCACCAGACCCCCCCGGGCCUGGGGGGCUCCCUGACCCCGCAGCCGCCCACCCCCAACCCCCCUCAGCUGGCCCCUCCGGCCCCGCAGCAGCAGCAGCAGGGCAUGAGCGCGGACAAGCCCUCCCAGCUGCAGCACCACCAGGGGCUGGGGUCCGCCCCGCCCCCUCAUAGCGGCCCCGCCCCGUCGGCCCCGCCCGCGAGCGCCACGCUGGCGCCUCAGCUGCCACGCACGCCGCUGUCCCAGAAGUCUGCGUUCACGGCGGACGGGCAGGUCUCCACGCCGGCCUCCGUCAGCAGCGCGGACACGGGCUCCCAGCACCCCCCCUGCGACGGCCACGCCCCCCUGGACUCCAAGGUGGAGAUCAAGCAGCAGGACGAGGAGAGCGGGGACACGGACGGGGGCUUGGGUGGGAAGCGAGCCGACGUCAAGGCCGAGGAGAAGCCUGAGGUGAAGGAGGAGUCGGCCCGGGAAGGGGGCAAGGCGGAGCCCAUGGAGACGGCGUCCGCGCCGUCCGCGCCGUCCGCGCCGUCGAGCGAAGACCGCAAACCCGAGGUGAAGACGGAGCCUAAAGAGGAAGAGGAGGGGUCGGGGGGAGCUCAGAGCUCCCAGUCCAGCGCCCAGACCAAGAGGAAGAACUUUAAACCGGAGGAGCUGCGGCAGGCCCUGAUGCCCACGCUGGAGGCGCUGUACCGCCAGGACCCCGAGUCUCUGCCCUUCCGCCAGCCCGUGGACCCCCAGUUACUGGGAAUACCCGACUACUUUGACAUAGUGAAGAACCCCAUGGACCUGUCCACCAUCAAGCGCAAGCUGGACACGGGCCAGUACCAGGAGCCCUGGCAGUACGUGGACGACAUCUGGCUCAUGUUCAACAACGCCUGGCUGUACAACCGCAAGACCUCCCGCGUCUACAAGUACUGCUCCAAGCUGGCCGAGGUGUUCGAGCUGGAGAUCGACCCCGUCAUGCAGGGCCUGGGGUACUGCUGCGGCAGGAAGCUGGAGUUCUCCCCGCAGACUCUGUGCUGCUAUGGGAAGCAGCUGUGCACUAUUCCCCGCGACGCUGCUUAUUUCAGCUACCAGAACAGUUCACCAAAAUUUGGACUUAUUGCUGACAGGUACCACUUCUGUGAGAAGUGUUUCAACGAAAUCCAGGGCGAGUGCGUUUCCCUGGGAGACGACCCCUCCCAGCCCCAGACCUCCAUCAACAAAGAUCAGUUUGAGAAGAAGAAGAACGACACGCUGGACCCUGAACUGCUUGUGGAAUGUACUGACUGUGCUCGCAAAAUGCACCAGAUCUGUGUUCUGCACCAUGAGACGAUCUGGCCCUCAGGCUUUGUGUGUGACGGUUGUCUGAAGAAAGCCAACAAGUCGCGGAGAGAGAACAAGUACGCUGCUAAAAGGCUGCCCCAGACCAAGCUGGGCAGCUUCCUGGAGGGGCGGGUCAACGACUACCUGCGGCGGCAGAGCCACCCGGAGUCGGGCGACGUCACCGUCCGCGUGGUCCACGUCUCCGACAAGGUGGUGGAGGUCAAGCCUGGCAUGAAGGCCCGGUUUGUGGACAGCGGCGAGAUGGCGGAGUCCUUCCCUUACAGGACGAAGGCUCUGUUUGCGUUUGAGGACAUCGAUGGCGCCGACGUCUGCUUCUUCGGCAUGCACGUGCAGGAGUACGGCUCGGACUGCCCACCGCCCAACCAGAGGCGGGUGUACAUCUCCUACCUGGACAGCGUUCACUUCUUCCAGCCGCGCUCCCUGAGGACCGGCGUCUACCACGAGAUCCUCAUCGGGUACCUGGAGUACGUCAGGAGGCUGGGGUUCACCACGGGGCACAUCUGGGCCUGCCCCCCCAGCGAGGGGGACGACUACAUCUUCCACUGUCACCCGGCCGACCAGAAGAUCCCCAAACCCAAGCGCCUGCAGGAGUGGUACAAGAAGAUGCUGGACAAGGCCGUGUCUGAGCGCAUCGUGCACGACUACAAGGACAUCUUUAAGCAGGCGACCGAGGACCGGCUGACCAGCGCCAAGGAGCUGCCCUACUUCGAGGGAGACUUCUGGCCCAACGUGCUGGAGGAGAGCAUCAAGGAGCUGGAGCAGGAGGAGGAGGAGAGGAAGAGGGAGGAGAACAGCACCUCCUGCGAGAGCGUGGAUGCCGUUAAAGGGGACAGCAAGAACGCCAAGAAGAAGAACAGCAAGAAGACCAGCAAGAACAAGAGCAGCCUGAGCCGAGCCAACAAGAAGAAGCCGGGCAUGCCCAACGUCUCCAACGACCUCUCCCAGAAGCUCUACGCCACCAUGGAGAAGCACAAAGAGGUGUUCUUCGUCAUCCGUCUGAUCGCGGGCCCCACCGCCAACUCCCUGCCGCCCAUCCUGGACCCGGACCCCCUGGUGGCGUGCGACCUGAUGGACGGGCGGGACGCCUUCCUCACGCUGGCGCGGGACAAGCACCUGGAGUUCUCCACGCAGCGGCGGGCCAAGUGGAGCUCCAUGUGCAUGCUGGUGGAGCUGCACAACCAGAGCCAGGACCGCUUCGUCUACACCUGCAACGAGUGCAAGCACCACGUGGAGACGCGCUUCCACUGCACCGUCUGCGAGGACUACGACCUGUGCAUCACCUGCUACAACACUAAGGGCCACGAGCACAAGAUGGACAAGCUGGGCCUGGGCCUGGACGACGAGAGCAGCAGCCAGGCGGCCGCCUCGGUGCAGAGCCCCGGCGACUCCCGCCGCCUCAGCAUCCAGCGCUGCAUCCAGUCGCUGGUGCACGCCUGCCAGUGCCGCAACGCCAACUGCUCGCUGGCCUCCUGCCAGAAGAUGAAGCGCGUGGUGCAGCACACCAAGGCCUGCAAGCGCAAGACCAACGGCGGCUGCCCCAUCUGCAAGCAGCUGAUCGCGCUCUGCUGCUACCACGCCAAGCACUGCCAGGAGAACAAGUGCCCCGUGCCCUUCUGCCUCAACAUCAAGCACAAGCUGCGCCAGCAGCAGCUGCAGCACCGGCUGCAGCAGGCGCAGAUGCUGCGCCGCCGCAUGGCCAGCAUGCAGCAGAGGGGCCAGCAGCCUGCGGCGGGCGGAGGAGGGGUGGGGAAAGGAGGAGGAGGAGGAGGAGGGGGGCUGCCGUCGCCGGGAAACAACGGCGCCACGGGCCCCAGCACGCCCACGUCCUGCGGCACGCAGCCGCCCACGCCCCAGACGCCCACCCAGGCCGGGCCCCAGCCCCUCCCCCCUCCGCAGCCCCACCUGCAGCCCAUGCCUGGGGGCGGGAUGAUGAGCUCGCCGCAGCAGCAGCAGCAGCCGCAGCAGCAGAUGAUGGGCCAGCUCCCGCAGCAGCCCCUGCCUCCCCCCGGCCCGCACCCCAACAGCCUGCCCCCCUACGCGCCCCGCCCGCCCGGCUCAUCCCCCCACCACGCCCCGUCCCAGGGGAAGCCGGGCCUGGGCCCCGCCACCCCGCCCCAGCAGCAGCAGCAGCCCCUCCCCGGCCAGCCCCCAGCGGCCCAGCAGCAGCCCGGAGGCCCGCCCACGGGCCCGCCCCCGGCCGCCGUGGAGAUCGCCAUGAAGAUCCAGCGGGAGGCGGAGAGCCAGCGGCACAUGGCCCUGCAGUGGCAGGCCGCCCAGGCCGCCCGAAAGAUGCCCCCGCACCCCCUGCACCAGCCCCCGGCCCAGAUGGGCAUGGGGAUGCCCCCCCAGGCGCAGGCUGCCCGGGCGCACAUGGAGCAGCAGGUGAACCCGCAGGCGCAGCUCCAGGCCCAGCAGCAGGGGGGCGCCCCGCUCCCGCCCCCCCAGGCCCAGCAGCAGUGGGGCGGCCCCAACAUGCAGCCUCAGCAGAGGCCGCCGGGCAUGAUGGGCCAGAUGGGUCAUCCGGGGAUGGCGUCCCCGCAGCAGCAGCAGCAGCAGCAGCAGCAGGGGCAGGGCCGCGGGGUGGCGGGGCUCAUGGGGGCUGCGGGCGGGGGGAACCUGCCGCAGCCCGGCCUGCAGGAGCUCCUGCGCACGCUGCGCUCGCCCAGCUCGCCCAUGCAGCAGCAGCAGGUGCUCAACAUCCUGCGCUCCAACCCGCAGCUCAUGGCCGCCUUCAUCAAGCAGCGCGCCGCCCGCUACCAGGGCGGCGCCGCCGUGGGCAUGGACGGCCAGCCGGCGGGAGCCAGCCCCGGAGCCGCCCCGGCGGGCGUGCACGUGAGCCAGGGGGCGGGGAUGUCCCCGAUGACACCACAACAGCAGCAGCAGCAGCAGCAACUCCAACAGCAGCAGCAGCAGCUCCAACAGCAGCAACUGCAACAACAGCAACAGCAGCAGCAGCUCCAACAGCAGCAGCAGCUCCAACAGCAGCAACAACUGCAACAGCAGCAGCAACUGCAACAACAGCAGCAACUGCAACAACAGCAGCAGCAACAACUUCAACAGCAGCAAGUACAGCAGCAGCAGCAGCAACAACAGCAGCAGCAGCAGCUACAACAGCAGCAGCAGCAGCUCCAACAGCGCCCCCUGCUGGCUGGGAGUUUGCAGCAGCAGCAGCAGCAGCCGGGCACCAUGCAGGCCCAGGGCUCUCCCAUGGCCAACAUGAGCCCCCAGUUGAGAGAGAUGUUCAUGAGGAGGCACCUCCAGCAGCAGCAGCAGCAGAAAAUGAGCAACCACGCCCAGUUCCAGCAGCAGCAGCAGCAGCAGCAGCAGCAGCAGCAGCAGAACUACCUGGGGCAGCCCCAGCCUGGAGGGCCGCAGCAGGGCCCACAGCAGGGCUACCCGGGGGGCGUGUCCCAGCAGCAGGUUGCCGCGGCGCUGCAGCAGAGACUCCAGCAGCAUCAGCACCACCUGCAGAUGCAGCAGCAGCAGCAGCAGCAGCAGCAGCAGCAGAUGUCCCAGUCCCCCCACCUGCAGGGGGCGCAGUCGCUGCCCUCCUCCCUCGGAGGCCAGGUGCGCUCCUCCCCCCAGCCCUCCCCGCGGCCCCAGUCCCAGCCGCCCCACUCCAGCCCCUCCCCGCACCACAUCUCCCCCCAGACUCAGACCGGCUCCCCGCACCCGGGCCACCUGGCCCCCCCGCACCACCCCGGCAUGGCCGGCCCCCCGGCCCAGCAGCAGCAGCAGCAGCAGCCCAACCCCAUGGACCCCUCCUCCGCCUUCGGCGCCGAGCAGAGCGCCAUGCUGUCCCAGCUGGGCGGGAUGGGGGGCCUGCACGCGCCCGGGGGGGGCGACAUGCUGGCGGGGGGUAACCAGGACCUGACGGCGAACCUUAAUCACAGUACCCUCAACAUCAUGUAGCAUUAACAGUGCGCUCUGUGCUGCGCUGGGGAGCUGGUUUUAGGAUUUUUUUUAUUAUUAUUAUUUAAUAUUUUUUCAGUAUAAAUAAAAACCUGAACUUCCUAUGGGAGACUCUACAAUACAGCCACAAAUCAGUGAAUGGAAGAGUAAAUGAAUGAUAAGUUAUUGUUGUUUAUAUAUAUAUAAAAUUAUAUAUAUAUAUUUUGCCAAUUGUGUACAAAGCAAGAGGGGAUUUCUCUCCUUCAGAGAAUGACAGCGGAUAUUUUUGGGAGGUGUUUGCCUUUAAUAAAUAUUUUUAAGAUUUUAAAAGCAGCAAAAAAAGAAAAUUAAAGAGCAAAGUGAAUUAACACAGUGGUCUUUUUUUUAUUGUACGUUUCUCUUCAUAAACCAGUCAUGAUUGUAUCCGUCUUGCAGAGUGAAGUGGAUAUAUUAUUGUAAUUAAUAAUUUGUCUCGCUACAGACAUUGCAUCAUAUCUUUCUUUAAAGUUUGGCCUUGCUUUUGUUUUUAUUUGUAGUAGUUUUUUUUUUGUUUUUUUGGGACGGUUGGCGAAUAUACUGCUAAAAUGAGACUGCUAAAAUUCACAAAGAGUCUAUUUUUGUUAAUGACUGUUAAAAUGGAGAGGGGGUUGUAGAGUUUUUCCGGGGGCGGGGGCUUCGCGUGACCCUG